AUGGCAGUCAGCAUAGCCAUAUGCAUUACAUUAAUAGAAGAAACUGUCGAAUUACUCACGGCUGUACGAUCAAACAGACAAUUAUGCCAAUCUGUAGCUGUGCAGUUGGAAAUGUUAUACAACAUUCUUAAAUCGGUAGACUCAGAAGAACAACAGAGAGCAAAUAAACAUCAUCUUAAGCUCGUAUUAAUUAAUUUACAAAACCUGGCUAGCAGGUCGAAAAUUAUAUUUGAACGAAGCCAAAGCAAUCGAAUCCUUAUCAGAGUCAAGAAUUUUGCACAGGCAAAAUCUAUCCAGGAUGAAUUAAGAGAUAUAAAGGCAGAUCUUAGCAUAGCAGUUGGACUGCUGUGCUUGGUAUUCAGCAUAUCAAGAGAAACACCACUGUAUCGAAGUUUGGGUAUAACUGAACAAACGACGGUGGAUGAAUCUAAGUUAGCAGAUUUAGAAGGCAUUCAAAUAGAACAAGACUACUAUGGUCCACCCGCUGAUGACGAGUUUACUACUGAUUGA